AUGCUUCAACUCACCACCCUCCUCGCCCUCGCGGCCUCCGCCACAGCCCACUACACCUUCCCCUCCAUCUCCGGCACCUCAGAAUGGGCCGCUGUCCGCCAAUGGACUGGUUACCAAUCCAACGGUCCCGUCACGGACGUCUCACUCCUCGACAUCCGCUGUAACGUCGGCGCCUCUUCCAAGUCCGCAGCGCAGACGCAGACAGUCGCUGCAGGCGGCAAGAUCACGUUCGCUGCGGCCCCGAAUAUCUAUCACCCUGGCCCGCUACUGGCGUAUAUGGCGAAGGUGCCGGCCGGGAAGACAGCCGCGAAUUGGGAUGGGAGUGGGAAUGUGUGGUUUAAGAUCUUUGAGCAGGGGCCGACGUAUGGUGGGAGUCAGGGGUUGACUUGGCCUUCUAAUGGCCUCUCCUCCGUCCCCUUCACCAUCCCCUCCUCCACACCCCCAGGAGACUACCUCUUCCGCAUCGAGCACAUCGGCCUGCACUCCGCCUCGGGCAAAAACGGCGCCCAAUUCUACAUCUCCUGCGCGCAGAUCACCGUCACGGGAUCUGGCAGCGGUAGUCCGGGACCUCUCGUGGCGUUUCCCGGAGCGUAUAAGAGUACGGAUCCGGGACUCAUGCUUAAUAUUUAUUAUCCGGUUCCUACUAAUUAUGUUUGUCCUGGGCCGGCUGUUUGGAAGGGAUAG